AUCCAGGGCUGACAACCCAUCAUCAGGCCCAGCAAAACCCUAAACUACGAUUAAUUGACAACCGUCGAUUGCCACCCUCUGCGCGAAUAUAAUCCUCCCCUUCGGAACUAGGGUUUUGGCUGCCUGCACUUUGCACAAACGGAAUCCAUCGCCUCUGCGGCUUAUAUAUCUGAUAAAGCUCCUCCCGGCCUAUUCAUACUGCUUCCGGCAACAAGAUGGCGACCCAAAUGAGCAAGAAGCGAAAGUUUGUCGCUGACGGAGUGUUCUUUGCCGAGCUUAACGAGGUUUUGACCAGGGAGCUCGCCGAGGAUGGCUACUCCGGCGUUGAGGUUAGGGUUACACCUAUGCGGACUGAGAUCAUUAUCAGGGCCACCCGCACCCAGAACGUCUUGGGGGAGAAGGGAAGACGUAUUAGAGAGCUGACUUCGGUUGUUCAGAAGAGAUUUAAGUUCCCUGAGAACAGCGUUGAGCUGUAUGCUGAGAAGGUGAACAGCAGAGGGCUUUGUGCUAUCGCCCAGGCUGAGUCUCUUCGCUACAAGCUCCUUGGUGGUCUUGCUGUUAGAAGGGCGUGUUAUGGUGUGUUGAGGUUUGUCAUGGAAAGUGGCGCCAAGGGAUGCGAGGUGAUUGUUAGUGGAAAGCUAAGGGCACAGCGUGCUAAAUCCAUGAAGUUCAUGGAUGGUUACAUGAUCUCUUCUGGGCACCCAGUCAACGAAUACAUUGACUCUGCUGUGAGACAUGUCCUCUUGAGACAGGGUGUUCUUGGUAUCAAGGUCAAGAUCAUGCUCGAUUGGGAUCCCAAGGGUAAACUUGGCCCUACAACUCCUCUCCCUGAUCUUGUCACCAUUCACCCACCCAAGGACGAGGAGGAGUAUAUGAGGGCUGCUUCUAUGCCUGCUCCAGCAGUCGAGGCCGAGAUUCCUCCUCCUGUUGCUGUUGCAGUUGCUUGAAGAUGCUCGUAUCAUGCCUUUUUGAGUCUUCAGCUCAAUGCUGCCUAGACAACAAUUAAAAAGUUUCCAUGUCGAGGAGUUAAUUUUAGGUCUGUUGUCUACUUAGUACUUGUUUUUGACAUUUCUUGUGACAAAUUUUGUUUUGAUAGCAACCGGAUAUAUGGUAUCUCAAGUAAACUCCAUGGCAUGUGUUUUAAGCUUUGCUAAGUUACUACCUGUUUACAGUUCUUGCUGUUCUGUUAUAUGCUUGUGAAGUUCCUCUGUUCCUGGAAAGGCGAUGCUGCAGCCUGCAGAAAUGUUAAUAAACGUGCUAGGAUGCCGAUUUCACCUCUCCGACAUGCUCCUCCAUUAACCCGACGACAUUGGCCAUCUUCGCCGGCCAACCAACUCUCCCAGUCCCAGAUUGGUCCCUUUUGUAGCUUAACAAUCUAAUUUGGGCUGGACAAACCAUGCUAAUGAAACACUGCCAUCAAUCAGGCAUUGAAUUCUCGACAGGUUGGGAUCAUUGCCUUUACCAAAGUAAGCAAGUUUACAUAUUUCGCUUCUAGUUCUAGAGACCAUAAUUAGAUUAUCAUAUAACCUUCCGCGGCAGAGAAGAUGAUAGAUUUUUUCACUGAGAAAGGAGAGCCGAACAGAUUACACUGAGAGCAAUUAACAGUAGAAAGAACA